CUUAGACAAAUUCAAAAUGAGGAAACAUCGACAUUUGCCCUUAGUGGCCAUCUUUUGCCUCUUUCUCUCAGGCUUUCCCUUCACUCGCGCCCAACAACAAGCAGAUGUCAAAAGUGGUGCCGCUGCCGAUAUAAUAUUUCUAGUGGAUUCCUCUUGGAGCAUUGGAAAGGAACAUUUCCAACUUGUUCGAGAGUUUCUGUAUGAUGUUAUAAAAUCUUUAGCUGUGGGAGAAAAUGAUUUCCAUUUUGCUCUGGUCCAGUUCAACGGCAACCCACAUACCGAGUUCCUGUUAAAUACGUAUCGUACUAAACAAGAAGUCCUCUCUCAUAUUUCCAACAUGUCUUAUAUUGGGGGAAGCAAUCAGACUGGAAAAGGAUUAGAAUACGUAAUGCAAAAUCACCUCACUCAGGCUGCUGGAAGCCGGGCCAGUGAUGGAGUCCCUCAGGUUAUCGUAGUGUUAACCGAUGGACACUCGGAGAACGGCCUUGCUCUGCCUACAGCGGAACUUAAGUCUGCUGAUGUUAACGUGUUUGCAAUUGGAGUUGAGGAUGCAGAUGAAGGAGCGUUAAAAGAAAUAGCAAGUGAACCGCUCAAUAUGCAUGUUUUCAACCUAGAGAAUUUUACCUCACUUCAUGACAUAGUAGGAAACUUAGUGUCCUGUGUGCAUUCAUCCGUGACUCCAGAAAGGGCUGGAGACACAGGGACCCUUAAAGACAUCACAGCACAAGACUCUGCUGACAUUAUUUUCCUUAUUGAUGGAUCAGACAACACCGGAAGUGUCAAUUUCGCAGUCAUUCGCGACUUCCUUGUAAAUCUCAUUGAGAGACUCUCAAUUGGAACUCAGCAGAUCCGAGUGGGGGUGGUCCAGUAUAGUGAUGAGCCCAGAACCAUGUUCUCCUUGGACACCUACUCCACCAAGGCUCAGGUUCUGGAUGCAGUGAAAGCCAUUGGGUUCACUGGUGGGGAGUUGGCCAAUGUCGGCCUUGCCCUUGAUUUUGUGGUGGAGAAUCACUUCACCCGGGCAGGGGGCAGCCGAGUGGAGGAAGGGGUUCCCCAGGUGCUGGUCCUCAUAAGUGCCGGGCCUUCUAGUGACGAGAUCCGCGACGGGGUGGUAGCACUGAAGCAGGCUAGCGUGUUCUCCUUUGGCCUCGGAGCCCAGGCCGCCUCCAAGGCAGAGCUUCAGCACAUAGCUACCAAUGACAACUUGGUGUUUACUGUCCCGGAAUUCCGUAGCUUUGGGGACCUCCAGGAACAAUUACUGCCGUACAUUGUUGGCGUGGCCCAAAGGCACAUUGUCUUGCAACCCCCAACCAUUGUCACACAAGUCGUUGAAGUCAACAAGAGGGACAUAGUUUUCCUCGUGGAUGGCUCAUCUGCACUGGGACAGAACAACUUCAAUGCAAUCCGUGACUUCAUUGCCAGAGUCAUCCAGAGGCUGGAAAUCGGACAGGACCUUAUCCAAGUGGCAGUGGCUCAGUAUGCAGACACCGUGAGGCCAGAGUUUUAUUUCAAUAGCCACCCCAACAAAAAGGAAGCCGCAAAUGCCGUGCGGAAAAUGAAGUUCCUGGAAGGCCCGGCCCUCUACACGGGCUCUGCUCUGAACUUUGUUCGGGACAGUCUGUUCACUAGUGCGGCCGGCUACCGGGCCGCCGAGGGGGUCCCUAAGAUUUUGGUGCUGAUCACAGGUGGUAAGUCCCUAGAUGAAAUCAGCCAGCCUGCCCAGGAGCUGAAAAGAAAUGGCAUCAUGGCCUUUGCCAUUGGGAACAAGGUUGCCGACCAGGCUGAGCUGGAAGAGAUUGCUUUCGAUCCGUCCCUGGUGUUCAUCCCUGCCGAGUUCCGAAUCGCCCCUUUGCAAAGUAUUCUGCCCAGCUUCCUGGCGCCUCUCAGAACCCUCUCUGGAACCACUGAAGUUCGCGUAAACAAAAGGGAUAUCAUCUUUCUUUUGGAUGGAUCGUCCAACGUUGGAAAGACCAAUUUCCCUUAUGUGCGGGACUUUGUAAUGAACCUAGUUAACAGCCUUGAUAUUGGAAGCGACAAUUUUCAUGUCGGUUUAGUACAAUUUAGUGACACUCCGGUCACAGAGUUCUCCCUAAACACAUACCAGACAAAGUCAGAAUUGCUUGCUCACCUGAGGCAGCUGCAGCUCAAGGGGGGGUCGGGCCUGAACACGGGCUCAGCCCUAAGCUAUGUCCAUGCCAACCACUUCACCGAAGCUGGAGGCAGCAGAAUCCGUGAACGUGUUCCACAGCUCCUGCUCCUGCUCACAGCCGGGCAGUCUGAGGACUCCUAUUUGCAAGCUGCCAGUGCCCUCGCACGUGCGGGCGUCCUGACCUUUUGUGUGGGAGCUAGCCAGGCGAAUAAGGCAGAGCUGGAGCAGAUUGCUUUUAACCCCAGCCUGGUGUAUCUCAUGGAUGAUUUCAGCUCCCUGCCAGCUUUGCCUCAGCAGCUGAUUCAGCCCCUAACCACAUAUGUUAGUGGAGGUGUGGAGGAAGUUGCCCUCGUCCAGCCAGAGAGCAAGCGAGACAUUCUGUUCCUCUUCGACGGCUCAGCCAACCUGGUGGGUCAGUUCCCUGCUGUGCGCGACUUUCUCUACAAGAUUAUCGAUGAGCUAGAUGUGAAACCCGAUGGGACCCGGAUUGCAGUGGCUCAGUACAGCGAUGAUGUCAGGGUGGAGUCCCGCUUUGAUGAGCACCAGAAUAAGCCUGAAAUCCUGAAUCUUGUGAAGAGAAUGAAGAUCAAGACAGGCAAAGCCCUCAACCUGGGCUAUGCCCUGGACUAUGCCCAGAGAUACAUUUUUGUGAAGUCUGCUGGAAGUCGGAUCGAGGAUGGAGUGCUUCAGUUCCUGGUGCUGCUGGUUGCGGGAAGGUCGUCUGACCGUGUAGACAGUCCAGCGCUCAACCUGAAACAGAGUGGUGUGGUGCCUUUCAUAUUCCAGGCCAAGAACGCAGACCCCACGGAGUUAGAGCUGAUAGUGCCAUCUCCUGCCUUUAUUCUGACCGUGGAGUCAAUUCCCAAGAUUGGAGACCUUCAACCACAGAUCGUGAACCUCUUAAAAUCAGUGCAAAGCGGGGCACCAACACCAGUUUCAGGUGAAAAGGAUGUGGUCUUUCUAAUUGACGGCUCUGACGGUGUCAGGAGUGGCUUCCCUCUGUUGAAAGAGUUUGUCCAGAGAGUGGUGGAGAGCCUGGAGGUGGGCCCGGACCGGGUACGUGUGGCCCUGGUGCAGUACAGCGACCGGACCAAGCCCGAGUUUUACCUGAAUUCAUACAUGGACCAGCAGAAUGUGAUCAGUGCCAUACGCAGGCUGACCCUGCUGGGAGGGCCGACCCCCAACACGGGGGCUGCCCUGAACUUUGUCCUGAGAAAUAUCCUGAUUGGCUCUGCUGGAAGCAGGAUAGAAGAAGGCAUCCCCCAGCUCCUGAUUGUCCUCACGGCCGAAAGGUCUGGGGAUGACGUGAGGGGUCCUUCGGUGGUCUUGAAGAGAGGAGGGGCAGUACCCAUUGGCAUUGGCAUCGGGAACGCCGACAUCACUGAGAUGCAGACCAUCUCCUUCAUCCCAGACUUCGCCGUGGCCAUUCCCACCUUCCAGCAGCUGGAGACCGUUCAACAGGUCAUCUCCGAGAGAGUGACUCAGCUCAGCCGCGAAGAGCUGAGCAGGUUGAAGCCAGUUUUGCUGCCUACUGCAAGCCCAGAUGUUGGUAGCAAGAAGGACGUGGUCUUUCUCAUCGAUGGGUCCCAAAGUGCUGGCCCUGAGUUUCAGUACAUCCGCAGCCUCAUUGAGAGGUUGGUUGACUACAUGGACGUGGGUUUUGACACGACCCGGGUGGCAGUCAUCCAGUUCAGUGAGGACCCCAAGGUGGAAUUCCUGCUGAAUGCCCACUCCAGCAAGGAUGAAGUGCAGAACGCAGUGAGGCGGCUGCGGCCCAAAGGUGGGAGGCAGAUCAACAUUGGGGGUGCCCUGGAGUACGUGUCAAAGAAUAUCUUCAAGAGACCACUGGGGAGCCGGAUUGAAGAGGGUGUCCCUCAGUUCCUGGUCCUCAUUUCGUCUGGGAAGUCUAGCGAUGAGGUAGAUGACUCGGCAGCAGAGCUCAAGCAGUUUGGUGUGGCGCCAUUUACUAUCGCAAAGAAUGCAGACCCGGAGGAGCUGGUUAAGAUCUCCUUGAGCCCUGAGUAUGUGUUCUCAGUGAGCAGCUUCCGGGAGCUGCCCAGCCUGGAACAGAAACUGCUGACCCCCAUCACGACCCUGACCUCAGAGCAGAUACAGCAGAUCCUGGCCAGUACUCGCUAUCCUCCUCCAGCUGUUGAGAGCGAUGCUGCAGACAUUGUUUUCUUAAUCGAUAGCUCUGACAGCGUGAGAGCUGAUGGCCUUGCACACAUUCGAGAUUUUGUUAGCAGGAUUGUUCAAAGACUCAACAUUGGCCCCAAUAAAGUGAGAAUUGGUGUUGUGCAGUUCAGCAAUGACGUCUUCCCUGAAUUCUACCUGAAGACCUAUAAAUCCCAGGCCACCGUGCUAGACGCCAUACGUCGCCUGAGGUUCAAAGGGGGCUCUCCGUUGAACACUGGCAAAGCUCUAGAACAUGUGGCGAGAAAUUUCUUUGUCAAGUCUGCUGGGAGCCGGAUAGAAGACGGCGUACCCCAACAUCUAGUUCUGUUUCUGGGUGGAAAAUCCCAGGAUGAUGUUUCCAGGUAUUCACAGGUGAUAAGUUCCUCAGGGAUUGUGAGUUUAGGGGUAGGAGACAGAAACAUCGACAGAACAGAGCUGCAGACCAUCACCAACGACCCCAGACUGGUCUUCACGGUGCGAGAGUUCAGAGAGCUCCCCAACAUAGAAGAAAGGAUCAUGAACUCCUUUGGACCCUCGGGGGUCACUCCUGCACCUCCGGGAGUGGACACACCUUCUCCCUCACGGCCAGAGAAAAAUAAAGCAGACAUUGUGUUCCUCUUGGAUGGUUCCAUCAAUUUCCGGAGGGACAGUUUCCAGGAAGUGCUCCGUUUCGUGUCUGAAAUUGUGGACACGCUUUAUGAAGGGGGCGAUUCCAUCCAAGUGGGGCUGGUCCAGUACAACUCUGACCCGACUGACGAAUUCUUCCUGAAGGACUUUUCCACCAAGCAGCAGAUUAUCGACGCCAUCAACAAAGUGGUCUACAAAGGGGGCAGACACGCGAACACCAAGGUGGGCCUGGAGCACCUGAGGCUGAACCACUUCGUGCCGGAGGCGGGCAGCCGCCUGGAUCAGAGGGUCCCUCAGAUUGCCUUUGUGGUCACGGGAGGAAAGUCGGCAGAGGAUGCUCAGGAGGCAAGCCUGGCACUCACCCAGAAAGGUGUCAAAGUGUUUGCGGUGGGCGUGAGGAACAUCGACUCAGAGGAGGUUGGGAAGAUAGCGUCCAACAGUGCCACAGCGUUCCGAGUGGGGAGCGUCCAGGAGCUGUCAGAACUGAGCGAGCAAGUUUUGGAAACUCUGCAUGAUGCAAUGCAUGAAACCUUAUGUCCGGGUGUCACCGAUGUUUCCAGAGCCUGUAAUCUGGAUGUGAUUCUGGGAUUUGAUGGCUCAAGUGAUCAGAAUGUAUUUGUGAGUCAGAAGGGCCUUGAGUCCCAGCUAGACAACAUCUUGAAUAGAAUCAGCCAGAUGCAAAGAAUCAGCUGCAGCGGUAGCCAGAUGCCCACCGUGCGGGUGUCGGUGGUGGCCAACACACCCUUGGGGCCAGUGGAGGCCUUCGACUUUGCCGAGUACCAGCCAGAGCUGUUUGAGAAGUUCCGGAACAUGCGCAACCAGCACCCCUACGUGCUCACUGCGGACACCCUGAAGGUCUAUCAGAACAAGUUCAGGCAGUCCUCGCCCGACAGUGUGAAGGUGGUCAUUCAUUUUACUGAUGGGGUGGAUGGAGAUCUGGCUGACUUAGAAAGAGCAUCUGAGGCACUCCGAGAAGGAGGUGUCCAAGCUCUGAUCUUGGUGGGCCUUGAACGUGUAGCCAAUUUGGAGCAGCUGAUGCAGUUGGAGUUCGGGCGAGGAUUCAUGUACAACAGGCCCCUGAGGCUUAACUUGCUAGACCUGGAUUAUGAACUAGCUGAACAGCUUGACAACAUUGCUGAGAAAACUUGCUGUGGAGUCCCCUGCAAGUGCUCUGGACAGAGGGGAGACCGAGGGCCCAUCGGCAGCAUCGGGCCAAAGGGUAUUCCUGGAGAAGAUGGCUACCGAGGUUAUCCUGGUGAUGAGGGUGGACCCGGUGACCGGGGUCCACCUGGCGUGAACGGCACUCAAGGUUUCCAGGGCUGCCCUGGGCAGAGAGGAGUAAAGGGCUCUCGCGGAUUCCCAGGAGAGAAGGGUGAAUUAGGAGAAAUUGGACUGGAUGGUCUUGACGGUGAAGAUGGAGACAAAGGAUUGCCCGGGUCUUCUGGAGAGAAAGGCAGUCCUGGAAGAAGAGGUGACAAAGGACCUAAGGGAGACCAAGGGGAGAGAGGAGAUGUUGGAAUUAGAGGUGACCCGGGUAACUCAGGACGGGACAGCCAGCAGAGAGGACCCAAAGGAGAAACGGGAGACCUCGGGCCCAUGGGUCUCCCUGGGAGUGAUGGUGUAUCUGGAAGUCCUGGAGAACCCGGGAAGGACGGCGGCGUUGGCCGAAGGGGACCAGCAGGAGCUAAGGGCAGCAAGGGCGGUCUUGGCCAGCAGGGCACUGCGGGAGAGCAGGGGACCAGAGGUGCACAGGGUCCACCUGGUUCCACCGGUCCUCCAGGGCUGAUCGGUGAACAAGGCAUUCCCGGACCUCGGGGAAGCGGAGGCACUGCAGGUGUCCCUGGAGAACGUGGCAGAACCGGUCCCCUGGGAAGAAAGGGUGAGCCUGGAGAGCCAGGACCAAAGGGCGGACUCGGGAGCCGGGGCCCUCGUGGGGAGACGGGAGAUGACGGGCGAGACGGAGUUGGUGGUGAAGGACGCAGAGGCAAAAAAGGAGAAAGAGGAUUCCCUGGAUAUCCAGGUCCUAAGGGUAUCCGUGGUGAACCAGGGACAGACGGAACACCAGGACCCAAAGGUGUCAGAGGCCGAAGGGGAGAUUCAGGACCUCCAGGGGCAGCUGGACAGAAGGGAGACCCUGGUUACCCUGGACCAUCUGGUCUCAAAGGCAACAGAGGCGACUCAGUUGAUCAAUGUGCCCUCGUCCAAAGCAUCAAAGAUAAAUGUCCUUGCUGUUAUGGACCCCUGGAAUGCCCUGUCUUCCCCACGGAACUGGCCUUUGCUUUAGACACCUCCGAGGGGGUCACCCAAGACACGUUUAGCCUGAUGAAGGAUGUGCUCUUGAAUAUUGUGGGCAACUUGACCAUUGCUGAGAGUAACUGCCCUCGGGGGGCCCGCGUGGCUGUGGUCAGCUAUAACAACGAGGUGACCACGGAGAUCCGGUUUGCUGACUCCAGGAAGAAGUCCGUCCUCCUGGAGAGGAUUAAGAACCUUCAGGUGGCUCUGACAUCCAAGCAACAGAGUCUGGAAACCGCCAUGUCCUUCGUGGCCAGAAACACGUUUAAGCGAGUGAGGAACGGUUUCCUGAUGAGGAAAGUGGCCGUUUUCUUCAGCGAUAAACCCACGAGGGCGUCCCCACAGCUCAGAGAGGCUGUGCUAAAGCUUUCAGAUGCAGGGAUCACACCCUUAUUCCUCACGAGACAGCUGGACCCGCAACUGGUCAACGCUUUGCAGAUCAAUAACACAGCGGUGGGACAUGCGCUUGUCCUGCCCACUAGGGGAGACCUCGCAGACUUCUUGAGGAACGUCCUGACUUGUCACGUUUGCUUGGACAUCUGCAACAUUGACCCAUCCUGUGGAUUUGGCAGCUGGAGGCCUUCCUUCAGGGACAGGAGAGCAGCAGGCAGCAGUGUGGACAUCGACAUGGCUUUCCUCUUAGAUAGCUCUGAGUCCACCACUCCUUUCCAGUUCAAUGAGAUGAAGAAGUACAUAGGGUACCUGGUCAGACAGCUGGACAUGAGCCCCGACCCUAAGGCCUCCCAGCACUUUGCACGAGUGGCAGUGGUGCAGCACGCGCCCUAUGAGUCCGUGGGGAAUGCCAGUGUGCCGCCCGUGAAGGUGGAAUUCUCCCUGACUGACUAUGGCUCCAAGGAGAAGCUGGUGAACUUCCUAGGCAGCAGAAUGACACAGCUGCAGGGGACCAGGGCUUUGGGCAGCGCCAUUGACUACACCAUAGAGAACGUCUUUGAAAGCGCACCCAACCCACGGGACCUGAAAAUCAUGGUUCUGAUGCUGACGGGUGAGGUGCAGAAGGAGCAGCUGGAGGAGGCCCAGAGAGUCAUCUUGCAGGCCAAAUGCAAGGGCUAUUUCUUCGUGAUUCUGGGCAUUGGCAGGAAGGUGAAUGUCAAGGAGGUGUAUAGCUUUGCCAGUGAGCCAAAUGAUGUCUUCUUCAAACUAGUGGAUAAGCCGACCGAGCUCAACGAGGAGCCUCUGAUGCGCUUCGGGAGGCUGUUGCCAUCCUUUGUCAGCAGUGAAAAUGCUUUUUACUUGUCCCCAGAUAUCAGGAAACAAUGUGAUUGGUUCCAAGGGGACCAACCAGCAAAGAAUCUUGUCAAGUUUGGUCACAAACAAAUAAAUGUUCCAAAUAAUGUUACUUCAAGGCCUACAUCCAAACCAGUGACCACAACGAAGCCAGUGACCACCACAGAACCAGUGACCACCACCACAAAACCAGUAUCUGUGGUAAACCUCCCGGCCUCAAGGCCAGCUGUUGCAAAACCGGCCGUUGCAAAGCAGGCCAUUGCAAAGCAGGCUGCUGCGAGACCUGUGGCUGCAAGGCCUGUGGCUGCCAAGCUGGAGGCCAUGAAGACGGCCACAGUGAAACCUGCAGUGGCUGUGAAGCCUACAGCAGCAAAGCCAGCAGCUGUAAGGCCCCUUGCUGCUGCCAAACCUGUGGCCCCAAAGCCUGAGGCCCCCAGGCCCCAGGCAGCCAGACUGGCCGCCACCAAGCCAGCCACUGCGAAUCUCGUGGUUAAGGCAUCCCGAGAGGUCCAGGUGUCUGAGAUUACAGAGAACAGCGCCAAACUCCACUGGGAGAGGCCUGAACCGCCCAGUCCCUAUUACUAUGACCUCACUGUCACCUCGGCCCACGAUCAGUCCCUGGUUCUGAAGCAGAACCUCACGGUCACAGACCGAGUCAUCGGGGGCCUGCUCGCCGGGCAGACCUACCAUGUCACAGUGAUCUGCUACCUGAGGUCUCAGGUCAAAGCCACCUACCAAGGAAGUUUCAGUACAAAGAAAACUCUGCCUCCGCCUCCACAACCAGCAAGGUCAGCUUCUAGUUCAACCAUCAAUCUAAUGGUGAGCACAGAACCGUUGGCUGGAAGUGACACUGAUAUAUGUAAGUUGCCAAAAGAAGAAGGAACUUGCAGGAAAUUUAUGUUAAAAUGGUACUAUGAUUCAGAGACCAAAAGCUGUGCCAGAUUCUGGUAUGGAGGCUGCGGUGGAAACAAAAACAGAUUUGAGUCACAGAAAGAAUGUGAAAAGGUUUGCGCUCCUGUGCUUGUCAACCCUGGAGUCAUCGCUGCAAUUGGGACCUAAGCAUGGCCGACUGGUGACACAUACCUCUUGAAGAAGGAGUUAGCCAUUUGCAAGUCGUCUUUGUAGAAGCUCUGGGUGUAGAUUCCCUUGCACUGUACCAUUUCAUGCUUUGAUUUACACUCGAACUUGGAGGGAAACGUUCUGCGCAUGACCUAUCAAUAUGGUGCUAAAUGUGUCUGUGGACCCAACGCUCUCUGUCUCCAGGCAGUUAUAUUGUAUACUUUGAACGUCGUGUAAUAGUUACCCACUGCUGGUGUUUAUGUGAACAUUUCUGUAAAUUCUAAUUCCCUCUGGAGUUUCACGUUAUGCCUGUUUCAGGCAUAUGCAAGGUCUAGAAAAUAACCCCAAACUUCACAGCUACUCUGUAUACUUCUGCUUGCUUCGUUUCUUCCCCUCUUGAUUAAG